UACAUGUUCACUUGAACCUAGUAUGGUGUUUGAAACGGUGGCAUGACCGAAACUGGAUACAGUUUGUGAAGUUGCUAGUUACAUUUUAUUUGUAGCAAUAGUAGAGUAGCAUUGCAGCAAAAUUGAUUAUAGCCUACAUGUAAACGACAAGGAAGAGGAGCUUUCACCGCUGAGAGGGCAAUGGUGAUUUCUGACUGGUAGAGUAGACGUAGCCUAUCACGUCAAUCCUACCUGAAUUCAUUGCAAAUGUUUCAAACCAACUGCACAAGUCUAUUCAGCCUCUUUCCUCACAAGUCCACCAUGCCGAUUGAAUUGGCCAUGCCGCUCUACCUGUCAAACGACGACUUCUGCUACACGAGGUCCCCGGAAUCACUACAACCACUACGACCCUGUCUGAAGCCCUGCCUGCGGUUCAAACCCUCUGCCCCUCCUAUGCAGACUGAACCAGAUUUGCUUCAUGAGAAGAAUGGGAAACCUAAAAGGCGAGUGUCCUUCGCUGACCACAAGGGCCUGGCCCUCACCAAGGUGAAGUUCUUUUCUCAUUUUGACACUAUUGACAUCCCGCUCAACAUCACAGACCUGUUCAGCUCUUCGCUCAAGUUACCAUAUGAGGAGGACAGACUGGUAAUGGGCUUCACCCAGCCCUCCUCUGAUUAUCUGCUGUUCCGUCAGCGUCUGGAGACUGAGCUUGUCUGCCUAGAGCACUGCAUGCUGAAAGAGAAGGCACUGUCUGGAACCGUGAAGGUCAAAAACCUGUCCUUUGAGAAGUCUGUCAAGGUGCGUGUAACCUUUGACACUUGGAAAAGCUACAUGGACUUGGAGUGCCAGUACUUGAAGGACAACUACACAGGCUCGAACUAUGACACCUUCGCCUUCGAGGUUUCCCUUCCAGCUGAGCUGAGGCCGCACAAGCACAUAGAGUUUGCCAUCUGCUAUGAAGUCAAUGGCCAGACAUACUGGGACGGUAACCAGGGCCGAAACUACAGGAUCAUCUGGUCUGCUUUGAAGAUGGACGGCCAGGGCAGCUUCAGCAGUAACCAGCAGAGACACUCGUUUGAUCUUGGAAUUCAAUUCGACUUCUAUGGAAGUCCCAGAUGCUCCCAUGGGAUGUUCCCAGAGUGGCCAAGUUAUGCAGGAUAUGAGGAUAUUAGACCUUACUACUGAAAAGCCGUCAUCCUUAGAGUAAAAUGUUUUUUUUGUUCAGAGAAAGUGCUGUUCCCGAAAAUGAGUGAUUUUUCAGGCCAGGCCCGUCCAGCCAUGCUCGGGGGAACAAAAGCAAUAAGAAAAAUGUAUACAUUUUGGGAUGGGGGUUGUAUACUCUGUGGAUUAUUAGAAUAUUCAGAUGUGACAUUUACUGAUUGCAUAGCAGGUUUAAUUAACAGGCAUAUCCCAGUGUAGAUGUUGACUGAACCAAGAGAAAAACAUAAUUCAUAUCUAGCUUUUGUACUUGAUCUACAGUGGGUUCUGGAAUUAUUGGAUCCCUUGAUAAAGAUUAGUAAAAAACAAACAAUUCAAACUGGUCUCUAUUCUAUGGUCAAAAAAUGUAGAAAUUAUUAUAUUUUAUACUAAUACAAUUGCUGAGACAAAGAUUUUGUUAAACAAGUAAUUUUAAAAAAUCUCAAAGAUGAGGUCAAAAUGAUUGGACCCCAUGUUUUCAAUAAGCCAGCACCCUUCCUGUGCGAGGAUAAUGACAAUUGAUCCUUUUUCAAAAAUGUUUUAUUAGAUUGGAGAAUAUGUUGGAAGGGAUCUUAGUUAUUGUCUUGCUGGAAGAUUCACUUGCGGCCAAGUUUCAGCCUCCUGGCAGAGGCAACCAGGUUUUUGGCUAAAAUGUCCCGGUCAUGGGUAAAUUUCAUGAUGCCAUUGACCUUAACAAGGGCGCCAGGACCGAAAUAGCCUCAUAACAUCAAAGAUGCACCACUAUAUUUUACAGUAGGGAUUAGGUAUUUUCUGCAUAUGCCAUGUUCUUUGAAGGCUAAACCCAUCAUUGGUGUACAUGGUCAAAGAGCUCUAUUUUCAUGUCAUAUGACCAUAGCACCGCCUGAAGUUUGCUAAACGGCAAUGGCACUUGGAUUGGAACCGGUGCUAUUGUCAUAAGACAUGAAAAUAGUGGUCUUUGGCCACGCACACCAAUGGUGGAUUUAGCUUUGGAAAGAACGAUGUGCAUGCAGAAAAUACCUCAUCCCUACUGUGAAUUGUGUCGUUAUCCUCAAAAAGGGAGGGUGCUGGACUAUUGAAAACAGAGGAUCCAAUCAUUUUGGCCCUUUAUCUUUUUGAGGUUGUUUAACAAGUAAUAGAUAAAAUAUACAAUUCAUGCAAUAUAGCUCAGUAUUUAUUUUAUACAGUGUAUUUUGCCCAUCUUUGUCAAGUGAUCCAGUAAUUCUGGACCCCACUGUAUGUGUUGGGAUAAGCCAUUGUUGACUCAACAGGAAAUUACACUAACUGGUAAAACUAUGUACACUGUUAUGUGUGAUGCAGGUCAAAAUAAUUGGAAGAGCAAUGUUUAUGAUGAAACUUUCAAUGAUUUUUAACAAAUAGAUUCGGAAUCAAAAUGUCUAUGUACUUUCACAUCACAUUUCUUGUACUGAGUUCUUUAAGUUGAUUUAUGUUAAGUGAUAUGACUUCAGAAUAGACAGGUGUUUUUAAGUCUCUUCAGGAUUUGCACCAUGUUUGUACUGAGCUCAUUCUGGUAUGUGGGUGUUUGAGUUCAAAUACUUUAAUUUUUAAAGGGGUGGGAAUGGCAGGAAUUUACUUGACGGGAACCUUAGAAAUACACAUUUCUGUCUGCUCCUGAUGAUGAUUUAAAAUGUUUUACAGUGUUCACUAUGCUGCUCUAUGUAAAUAAGAGUCAUUGGAUAUGUUUUUAAAGGAACAAGUAUGAAGGAUGGAUUUUUGUAUGUCAGAAUUAAAUAUGUUUUGCAAGAAUA